GCACUUUUUUUUGACGCGCGGAUUGUGCCGGAGCCGCACCGCAAUUGGACACCCCCACCAACGACAUGAGCGCGCCGGACAAGGCACCGUCAUCCACCAUGUCGCUGACCACGCUCAUGGGCAGCAUCUCCUGCGGCUUCGGUCUGGCGGCCGACAACGGCAGCGACGACGGGUCGGAGAGCACGCUCGCGGACCCGCACCUCACGGAGGUGAGGUUGGAGGCGCGCGCGCCGGCGGCCCCCUUCUCGCCCUUUUCUGAUGAAGGCGACGCCGCGGCGCGGGAAAGAGCGUGGGGCGGCGAAGCGCCGCGGACGCCCCGGGAGACGAACGGCGAGAGUAUCGGGAGGGCCCUGCGGCAGCUGAGGUUGUUUGGGUCUUCCGACGACGUGACGGACGACGUGCCGCCGACGCCGGGAGGCACGCGCGACGUCGUGCUGCAGGUGGUCCAGCGGCGGCGGACGGCUAGAGCGGCGCGCGCGCCGGCCCACGCCGCGGGAAGGCCCUGGCCGCCGUCGCCGCCCGACCCGUCGCAGGGCUACGACGCCGCCGUGGCCGUGUCGACGCGGCAGCAGGCGACGUCGCGGCUCCACGAGUGGCUCCUGUCGCGGGGCCUCGGCGCGCACUUCGGGGCGCUGGAGCGCCUCGGGGCGAAGCGCGUGUCUGAUUUGGCCCUGCUGACCUCCGACGAUUUCGACCAGCUGGGCGUGAGCGCGGCGGAGCGGGAGCUGUUCCGCAUCGAGCUGCGGUAGUGGUUUUUUUCUUUGUCUUCUCGUAAGUUUUGGUUUAGUGUGUGU